AUGAAUGAACCUUGUGAAUAUUCAGAAAAUUAUUCAAGUACAAUACAAAAGGGGAAAGAAUGUAAUGUCAAUGUAGAAAUUUAUAGAUAUCAUAAAAUUUAUAUGAGUUAUUUGAAUCUUUAUUUUUGUGUUAUUGAUUUUAAUGAAACUAUGUUUAUAUCUGUGAGUGAUGAAAAUAACGAGUUAAAUGAUUUACAAGCCUCUUAUCCCUUAAAAUAUGAAGAUGCUGAUAAUACAGUUUGUUUAGUAGGUGAACCUAAUUCAUAUGGAAAUGAUGUAGCUAGAUUAUUAGGAAAGAAAUUUAAAAUUCCAUUCUAUGUAAGUGUAAAUGUUGAUGAAAGUGACGAAAACUUGACAAACUUUAUUUUUUCUAGUUGUCUAGAUAUAUUAAAACCUAUUUUUGAAAAUAGAUGA